GAGCAAAGUGUGAGGGGUCAGAGUUGACAGCAGCGUCGGCUGUGGAGGGAGAACGGUUAGCCAGCUUGCUAGCAACAUACAUGUGGAGGGUACCUCUGGAGGCAAUCAUUAUUCGAACUGAACCCAAAUCACCCUUUCUUACCAUAAAAUACACUCAACGCAUAUUGCAUAUUGAACAAGGACUAACUUCUUUUCGCUAUGAAAGGCCGGAUCGAGCUGGGGGAUGUUACACCCCACAACAUUAAACAAUUGAAGCGACUGAAUCAAGUCAUCUUCCCCGUCAGCUACAACGACAAGUUCUACAAGGAUGUGCUGGAGGUUGGAGAACUCGCUAAGCUAGCUUACUUCAAUGAUAUUGCAGUAGGUGCUGUAUGCUGCAGAGUAGACCACUCUCAGAAUCAGAAGAGAUUGUACAUCAUGACACUAGGCUGCCUAGCACCCUACCGAAGACUUGGAAUAGGGACAAAGAUGCUGAACCAUGUGUUGAAUAUCUGUGAGAAGGAUGGCACUUUUGAUAAUAUCUACCUUCAUGUGCAGAUUAGCAACGAGUCGGCUAUUGACUUCUACCAGAAGUUUGGCUUUGAGAUCAUUGAGACAAAAAAGAACUACUACAAGAGGAUAGAGCCUGCAGAUGCCCAUGUGCUUCAGAAGAGCCUGCGCAGCCCGUGUGCGCCCCCUGCGGGAGAGCUGCAGAAGGCAGACUAGAGGCUGAGCCAUCGAAGAAACAUGGUCUUGCCCCAUCUCCCCCAAAAGGAACUGUGACAAAAGCCCCAGGGUCGACACAUUCACCACUUAAUUGGAAAACAAAAGUUGUUUUAAUUUUUCAUGAAAUGAAAUCAAGUCCCUGUAUUUUGCCAUUUCUUUUUUUUUUUUUUUUCUUCUAUUCUUCAGUUAGGUAUUUGAAAACAAAACAAUUGUUUUAAGAGUUCAAAUUGCUCCAAGAGGCUGCUGAUUUUUCUGACCGUUAAGAGAUGGUGAAGGUUUCUGUGUUUUGCAAAGCGUGCUGUCUGUGUGUUCUUUUAAAAUCGUUGACUUGAGGUAAGGGGACGAUUUUGUUUUGCUGUUGUGGACAUAAACAGUCGAACUAAAGAGGGAACAUCUAUAGAAGGUAGGAUUGCUGUCGAAGAAGGAUGUCCCCCUUUCCCCCCAGAUGGUAACCUUGGAGUGAUGCUUUUGAGGCAUCAUGGUGAUGCACAGAAUUCUCAGAACUCCAUCCCCUCGCCACCUGAGCCCAUGGACAAUUGGGAAGGGAAUCCUGCUGGUGGUUGAGACUUGUUGCUUCUUUUGUCCCUGGCAGUGCGAGAGCGUUGCACAAGAUGCAGUGUCUCCACUGUGACAUGAACCUCUCUGUGGCUGUGAGAUCAGUGCUGGAGAGUGGAGAGGGGCACAGGGGCCCCCUCUGGAAAAAAAAACGGGAGAUUGGUUGGAACGAUUUCAAGGUGGGGGGAGACUGGAGGAGACUCCACUCUUUCUGAAUGUUUUGGUUUCUCUACCCAUUAUUUAAUUUCCCUUGGAGUUUUAUUUUUAUUUUUUGUUACAUUGAUGCUGAAUGGCUCAAGGCUUCUCUGAAGGUUUGAUUGAAAACCAAUGCUGCAGGUGAGAUACAAAUACUUAAAAAGCAUACAGUGUGCAGUUAAAGGGGCAACACAGUGUUGUGAAAGAUCAAAACUCCCCACCCUCACCCCAAGAUGUAAGCAUCUUGAAUUUCCAAUGGAAAAUAUGUUCGCCUUGGUUGGCAGGAGUACCAGUGUUUUUUCUCUUUUUUUUGGUUAAGGCUUACUGUAGUACAACUGCCCCUCAACAGGAGCAGUGAGAGUGGCUUGUGGACUGUGACCUACUGUGUGCUCUCUUCCAAGCUCUGUAUGUGUGUGAGUGUGUGUGAAUUUGAUUCUUUGAGGGUUUUUUCUUGGCACACUGGCAGCUAAAAUCUCUCCCACAGUGUACCUGUACCAUUUCAGUGAUGUUCACUGAUUACAAUGUCCACCUUAUAUACAUGUGGGACUGUUGCAGGUCAAUCCAACAGGUUUCUUAUGAAGAAUGUGGGACAGACCCUCAAGCCCUCAGAGAAGCCUUGACCCUAUGCAUGCAUGGAGAGGAUUGUCCUUUCCAACGUAGUUAAAAGCAUGUUUUUUUUUCCUUUCUUUGAAGAAUUUUAUCUUUUCUGGAGCUCUAUAUUGUAAGACUUUUAAACCUCUAAAUAAAGGAAAUACUAUUUGCAGUAA